AUGCUUGACCCGACCUUUGGCGGCGCCGGCGCAUCUCUUGGAAAUGGUGCGAGAGGGCUAAAUGGGUCGUGUCGGCCGAGUGAAAGGGAUGCACAGUGGAAGUGUAGGGUUGGCUUACUCAGCGGGAGACUAACCAAGAAGACCAUACAAUCCCUCAAAAUUACCCGAAUUCAAUCCCCCAACAACAAACCCUCCACCCUGAGUUUCACAGAUCCAUUUGGGCCUCCCCAGUCCUCGGACGGGGGGGGCCCUUCCACACCCCAGCCGGCCCUCACCACCCAAGAGUCAAUAGACCACCAACAUCACCAUCUGGGGGGUUCACAGACCCCUCAUGAUAUUUCAAACUCGGCAAAUUCCACGCCGACGAAUAUAUCGUCAAAAUCUGCUUUUAUAGAAUUACAGCAGCACGGUUAUGGUCCAUUUAAGGGGGGUUAUCAGCAUCCCCACCAUUUUGGGAGUCCUGGGGGCCAGCAGAAUCCUCACGAGGCCUCAGGGUUUCCAAGUCCUAGGUCCUUAGGGUAUCCGUUUCCUCCGAUGCACCAAAACACGUAUGGUUAUCACUUAGGUUCUUACGCGCCGCAGUGUGCUAGUCCGCCUAAAGAUGAAAAAUGCGGCCUGUCAGAUGACCCUGGUCUUCGUGUCAACGGCAAAGGAAAGAAGAUGAGGAAGCCUCGCACGAUAUACUCCAGCCUUCAGCUGCAGCAACUAAAUAGGAGGUUUCAGAGGACGCAGUAUUUGGCGCUCCCUGAGAGGGCUGAACUUGCUGCGAGUCUUGGACUAACGCAAACUCAGGUGAAGAUCUGGUUCCAAAACCGACGCAGCAAAUACAAGAAGAUGAUGAAGGCAGCGCAAGUAGGAGCUCCACCGCCGAGCCUAGGGCUUGCACCAUCCAGCCCUCCCAACAACAACCAAUUAUUACAUGGUGGCGGAGGAGGCAGUUCCAGCGGUUCCCAACAUUCCCCCUCGGCGUAUCAGAGCGGUGGGCAAGCGCAAGCCCACUCGCCCACGCCCAGCUCCACACCGGUGUCAGAGCUUAGCCCAGGACUGUCGCCCACGGGCACGCCGUGGGAUGUGAAACAGCCACCUCAACCCUCCUGGGAUGUAAAGGUCGGAUAUCCGACGGCUGGCCGGUCGCCAGAUGGCAGUUCCUGCGAUGUGAAGCCUCCACACCAACAGUCAUGGGACCCGAGGGUCGGAUAUGAGGGUUAUUUCGCGCCUCAAUCCGAUGACGUAGAGGGCUCGCCGAGUGCGGAGGCCGUCAGGGGCCGAGCCAUGCCUUGGAUGUUCAAGGGCGCGCCGCCCGGUCCGUGGGACAUGAAGGGAGCGCACGCGCACGCGCUGCACCACCAGGGGGCGCCCCAGCCGCACCCCCCCUACGUGCCGCAGUACUCCUGGUACCAGACAGAUACCAACCCUGGACUACUUACGGUAUGGCCAGCGGUUUAA